GGAUAGUGAAGUAAAUUCACGCUCCAGUUAGAACUAGUAGAACUGGUAGAAAAACUCAUUUUAUAUACCCAAACCCAGAUUCUCACUUUCUCAUUCUCUUAUUCUCUCUCUUUUGCGGUUCAGAUUCUGAUCAGUAAGAAACACUAUGGCAAAGAAGAAGAACCCUAUGGUGUUUAUGGAUGUGUCUAUAGAUGGGGAUCCUUCUGAAAGAAUGGUGUUUGAGCUUUUCCAUGACGUUGCUCCUAAGACAGCUGAAAAUUUUCGUGCACUGUGUACUGGAGAAAGAGGAGUCAGUCCUAAUACUGGAAAAUCACUGCACUACAAGGGCUCUUUCUUCCAUCAAAUCAUAAAAGGCUCCAUUGUGAAGGGUGGUGAUUUUAUUAAUCGAAAUGGGACUGGUGGAGAAAGCAUUUAUCCCAAGUUUCCAGAUGAGUCUCCUAAGCUAAAGCAUGAUUCUCUAGGCCUUCUAUCCAUGGCCAUUGCUGAUCGUAACACUAUUGGUUCACAUUUUAUCAUCACUUUGAAAGCUGAUCACCAUCUGGAUAGGAAGCAUGUAGCUUUUGGCAAACUUGUGCUAGGGUAUGAUGUUUUGAAGAAAAUUGAAGACGUGGGCGAUGAAGAAGGACUCCCAUCCGUAACUGUCAAAAUAGUUAAUAGUGGUGAACAUAAUGAGGAUGGUAAGAAGACACACAAGUCAAAAAUUGGAAGGAAUGGAUCUGCUGAAGCCAUUAGUCAUGAAGUGCGGAGGAAGGGAAAACAUAAAAAAUCUUCAGGAGACCGAAGGAAAAAGAGAAAACAUUACUCAUCAGAAUCAGAUAGCUCCUCAGAUUCAGACACAGAAUCUUCAGAAAGUGACAGUGACUCUGACUCAGAUUUGUCCUCGUCAUCUUACACAAGCUCGUCUAGUGAUGACAGGCGGAGGAAGAGAAAGAGAUCUAGGAAAGAUAAACAUCGACAUGGAAAAAGAAGAGAUAAACGCCGAGAAAAGAAGCGAAGGAAACUAGAUAAGCGAUCAAAACGUAAAUCAAAGAGGGAAUCAGACAGUCAAACUGAUGCAGAUAGUGCAAGUAAGAGUAACGAUAGCUCCAGUGGCCAAGGUCUUGAUACUCAAGGGAGAAUUCAAAAGCACAAAGAUCAUUCUCAGAAAAAUGCUGAAGUCCAGUCAUCCUCAGUUUUGGAGAAAGAAUCAUCUCCUAUUAAUCUUAAAAAGAGGGAGGGGCUGAGCAAUAUAGAGGAGGGAGAAUUCCCAAAGGAAAAUGGAGCGCAGCGUAGCAACGGCAUUGGGGCCAACCAUAGAUCUGACAGAUAUGAAGAGAGGCAGCCUGAUGUGAUGGAUGAUAAUCCAGGGAAAUCUAGGAGUCGAAGCAUGAGUCCUAAGCAAACCUUGAGCAAGAGUAUGAGUAUUAGUCCCAAUCGUGGGAGUAAAAUCCCAAGCAUUAGUCCAAAAGAAAGGUUGAUCAGAAGUAAAAGCCCCCGUGCUCCAUCACAGAGGAGUUUAAGCAGGAGUCCUGUUAGAAGCAUCAACAGGAGUCUAAACAAAAGCAUCAGCAGAAGCCCUGUGAGAGGGAGGAAGGGGAGAAGUAUCAGUAGAAGCCCUGUGAGAACACACAUUCAUAGAAAUGUCAGCAAGAGCCCUGUUAGAAGUCCUGACCGCAGAAGCAUCAGCAGGAGUCUAAACAGAAGCAUCAGCAGAAGCCCUGUGAGAGGGAGGAAGGGGAGAAGUAUCAGUAGAAGCCCUGUGAGAACACACAUUCAUAGAAAUGUCAGCAAGAGCCCUGUUAGAAGUCCUGACCGCAGAAGUUUUAGCAAGAGCCCUGUGAGAUCUGUUUCUCAAAGCCGCAGGAGCAGGAGUUCUGCUAGAGUAUCAACACGAAGAACGGUCAGUAGGAGUCCUGUGAGAGUGUCAAGAAAGAGCUUCAGCAGAAGUCCAAUUAGAUCACCUGCCAGAAGUCUCAGCAGAAGUUCCGGCCGAGCUCCUUUGAGAAGCAUUAGCCAAAGUCCUGUUAGAUUGGCAGGGAGAGACAAUCACCGCAGCUAUUCCAGGAGUCGUAGCCCUGUCCGUAGGGCAAGGACACCUCGUGAGAGGAGUCUGUCAAGGAGUGUGUCACCUGAUGUUUCACCAAAACGUAUCAGGAGAGGAAGAGGUUUCAGUGAACGAUACUCUUAUGCUAGAAGGUACAGAACCCCCUCCCGGUCUCCUGUCAGGUACCGCUCCCGGUCUCCUGUCAGGUACCGCUCCCGGUCUCCUGUCAGGUACCGCUAUAAUGGAAGGAAUGACCGUGACAGAUAUUCUGGAUACAGAAGGUACUCCCCAAGGCGGAAUAGGAGCCCACCUCCACGGAGAAGAACUUCACCAAGGUACCGAAGUAGGAGAAGCAGGUCACCAUCUGUAUCACGCAGCCCACCUCACCGUUCUCGACGGUAUAGUCCAAGCCGUAGCCCGGUUCGCCAUCGUUCACCUCCUCGUGUGAAUAGGCGCAUGUCAUCAUCCCUCAGCAGGAGUCCAUCUCGAUCGAGGUCAUCUGUGGAAUCACAAUCUCCAAGAAAAGCAAGCAAAGAUAACCGAUCAAGGUCUUCGUCUAGAAGCUCCGAUGGAGGGAAAGGCUUGGUGUCUUAUGGAAAUGGCUCUCCUGAUUCAAGCCAAAAAUGAAGGGCCAAAUUUGAACUGUUCAAAGCCGUUAUCUUAAAUGAGCUGGAGCCUUUACUUUUUUAAAACUUCACAUACUGAUUUACCUGCUUGCUGGAAUGGGUGAAUGUUGCAUUGUUACACAUUCUUCAUGAACCAGGUUAGGAACUUGUAGUGAAUUGAAAUGGCAUGUUGAAAUAUCAUAGCUACUAGAAUAAGUCUGACCAAACAUGUCAUACUCAAACGCAGUUUUAGCUGUGGAGUUGUUGGGGUUUAUCCAAUAUUUCUUGGAUGUGUAGUACCCAUCCACACUCCCAUUUAUCAGUAUCUUGUAGUAAGUAGCAUGAGUUAAUUGAUAGAGAUUUGGCCUGUCCCUUGUGGUGGCGGGAAUGCGAAUUAAUUCUGUGUGUCUGACAAUAUUAGUUAGUAUUUCUCAAUAUCAAACAUUAAAUCAUGGAUAUUUUGUUAGAA